AUGUCAGAGAUAAAUACUCAAAUCUCUACGGCCGCCGUCGUUGGCUGGCCAAGUGGUGAUAGCCUCAAGUACCUGGCCGAGCCAGAUCCAAAGCAGAGCAGCCUGACAUUCAAGACACGGAUCGGUAAUACUUCAUCCCUCUUCGAAAUCUGGGUACCUAUCCAUCUAAAGCUUACCGACAAGAAAGCACCCAAACUCUCGUCCCUCAUUUUGAGUAUACCGCUCUCGACCAUCGAGACCUUUUGUUUUCAGAUCCUCGCGACAGUCCCUCAACCCGCGGGGGGAAAACUGAGCUCUAAGGUCCUUGGCCUCGAUUUUAAGCUCAAUGAGAAUAUUGCGGUCCUUAUUCCUCUGCACGCGAAAGAACAGCCGGCCCAAGGCAAGACGCAAUCUGGUGUUGUUAUCGAUUGUGUUCGCCAGAUAGCACAAAUAAAAUCUUGCCACGUGUAUAUCGAUCAUACUGAUUCACAUGAGGCUGGGCUAAGUUCCAUACGCAACGCAAUAAAUGGAGGCCGAUACCGAUCCACUCGCAAAAGACAGCUUGACCUGCAGAGCCUAUAUCAAGGUCAAGGCGCCCGGAUUGCUCGUUUCCCUGCCCCGUCGGACAGAAUACCAGCCUACGAUGAUGUGCCAUCAUCUUCUUUGGACACAGCAACACAGAAGAGAAAGAGGCCACGGCGAGAGCUAAAUGACCAAGAGAAGGAGGAGAAGCUCAAAGAGAGGGUAGUUACUUUAGAAAAGGAAAAGAUACGACUGGAAAAAGCCCUCGAUGACCAAAAACGAGGACCAGGGCCACGCGUAGGCAUGACUACAUCCGAAGGUAAGACGGUUGAGGAGGCAUUUGAAACAGCACAAAAGGAGAUAAAGGAUCUACGAAGGAGAAUCAAAACAGCAGAGCAGGAGAUUGAAGCCCUCCAACGACAAAACGACAAAGUCAACCUCGAAGACUAUGACGCAAAGCUUUUGGAGGUACAAGAGGAGGUAAAAGAGCUCGAUGAAAAGUGUUCAGGUAUCAACGACAACAUGGUCACUCGGGAGAAUUUGAAAGAUUUUGGAGAGGACUUUAGACAAGCUAUCGGGAGAAGGAUAUCGGGUGAUGACUAUUGA